UUUUCUCUCAUGUCUGGCUUUUAGCCAUAAUUUUAUUACCACUUCCCUGUUUGUCUGCCUCUCUCCAUCCCUCAGUCGCUUUGAAUCCUCUUAGGGGUGGAUUAUGGGACUAAGAUACCCACACUGAGAGAGAGAGAGAGAGAGAGAGAGAGAGAGAGAGAGAGAGAGAGAGAGAGAGAGAGAGAGAGAGUGAGGAUGAGCAUGAGGAAAACAGAGUGAGAGAGAAAGCAAUACAGGGAGAGAUACAGAGAAGGAGAAGAAAAUGGAUAGAACCCCUCGGCCCGAAAUGGGCCAGGAGUGGGGUUGGAGAUGGUCUGUAACUCAGGUGAGUAAAUCAUCAUUUCCACAGGUGCUACAGGUGCAAAGUAAACAUCUUUGUCCAUAGAAAUGCAUAGACAUUUUGUCAUGUUAUCUUUUUAUUGAUUGUAUUUAUGGCAAUAGGUAAGAUUUAGAAAGUUAGAAAACACUGAAUGCAAUCACCUGAUUCCUGAAGUCAGAAUCUCAGUUUGGCUAUAAGAGUGGCUGAUGUGUGUGAGCCUGUGUGUGUGUGUUUACUGAGUUACCUGAGGACAAACUACAGGGGAUCACCUUACUCUUAAUUAAUCUCACUUUCCUAAGUUCAUGUCUCAUUAGUCAUACUCACAGGCAAAGAGAUGUGUGUGUGUGUGUGUGAGAGAGAGAAAAUGACUUGUGUGCUAGAAGGUUUCUUGAUAGCUCUGUGAAUUAGACAAUUCUCUAGAAAAGGAAAAUAACACAGUUAUUUUCUGUGUUGUUCACUCUAUAGACAGAGCCAGCAGAGGCUGAUACACACGGGAGGACCACCCCCGCUCUCACGCACAAAACAGGGACAGACUAACCGGGCAGCAACAAUGUCUCUCCUGUCCAAAAGCUACCCCCCCGGCUGGAGCGUGUGCUCUGCUCUCUGUAUCCUCAUCGUGUUGCUCCCAGAGGCCACGGCAGACGACCUGAACGCCACCACUCGGCGCAAUGGCGGGGGUUCCCAGUGUGGGGAGUACACUAACCAGGUGAUGGAGGAUGGGAUGUGUCGGCUGGUGGCCACGCUGCCACAGCUGGACGAGCAGAGAUGCCCGGAUAUGUUUCGCUGCACUGAUGAGGUCUCCUACUGGCUGCACGAGAAUGAGGAGAGGAAACAGCAGAUCGCGUCACUGAAGGAGACCAUCUCCGAGUUGCAGGAGGAGCUGAGGAACCACCGGCACCGCAUCAAAGUCCUCGAGCUGCAGAGUGAGGAGAGAACCCAUUUGAACAUCUCCUUGGAACAACGUUUUCAUGAGUUGGAGGUGCACUAUGCUGAAGCCACCACCCUGCUGCACCUUCAGGGCACUCUGAUCUUGGACCUACAGAGCCAACUCCAUAAUCUGACACUUUUGGUGAAUAAAGUAAAAAGAAGCCCUGGUUGUUUGAUCAACAUCGUCCGUCCCAACCCUCUCAUGAGCACUCAAGAAGCCCUGCACCCAGAGAUUCAGCAUGUGAGGAACUGCCCCAUCGACUGUGCUUCCAUCUACUACAAUGGAGUGAGGAGAUCAGGCCUCUACACUGUAGUGCCAUCACUGGCAGGCAUGCCUGUGGAGGUUUACUGUGAUAUGGACACAGAUGGUGGUGGCUGGACUGUUAUCCAGCGGCGAGUUGACGGCUCCGUGAGCUUUGACCGCAACUGGAGGGACUACAGGGAUGGUUUUGGCGACUUGAACUCAGAGUUCUGGCUGGGCAAUGACCACAUACAUGACCUGAGCACCCAGGGAGACUACAGCCUCCGAAUUGACCUGGAGGACUGGAGCAACAAUCACAAACACGCCCUCUACCAGAGCUUCAGUGUGGAAGAUGAGGAGCAUCAGUACCGUCUCCAUGUGUCAGACUUCAGUGGCACAGUGCAAGACUCUUUCAGCUGGUACCACGACAAGCAGGGCUUCAGUACACCAGACAGCGGUAACAUCUGCGCUGAGAUCUCCCACGGUGGUUGGUGGUACAACCAGUGCUUCUACGCCAACCUCAAUGGCGUCUACUACAGGGGAGGACAUUACACCCCUCAAGGCCGGGGCCCACUGGGUCCUGAUGGGAUUGUUUGGUACUCCUGGAGAGACUCUGACUAUUACUCUCUACGAAAAGUCAGCAUGAUGAUCCGACCACGCAGCUUCCGAACCCGUUUGUCGCCCUGAACCGCUGUCACCAUGACAAUGGUUGGGGCAUGGAAACAAUACUUUGGCAAUGGAGAGAACAUGGAAUCUCACUGGACGCUGCAGUGAUGGUGACAUCCAAUGAUGUUUGUAUUGGGAGGGCUCUUCAGCAGGGAAGUGAGUAGUGAAACACUAACCUGUGGAAAUGGCAUCUCUUGAAGUAUGGCUGGUAUACUUUAAAAAAAAUGGACUCAUUCGCUGCUGCAUAUUUUUGGAAACACAAACGUUAAACGGUAGAGUUCUUUUUGAGACAGGGACAUUUUUCAAUCAGUCACGGGAAGUGAGCUCUUCCUGAUUUUGUACUUCUAUUUUGUACGUUUAGUUUGAUACUUGACACACUAUUAGUAACUUGGCCAAAAAUAAAAAGGCAGAUUUUGUCAGAUCUGUUGUGAAGGGGCAUGCAUCAUCUAACAAUGAGAGGGGGCAACUGGCUGGCAGAGCAUGUGAGACUGUCUACAGUCUAAUGCUUUGCAUACACUGUGUGCAUAUACUUGUUAUCAUAGCCAUAUUAUGCUAUUUUCUAUUCACUUUGAAUUUCAGCCAACUAUGAUUUUAAUUGUAAAAUGUGUACAUUUCUAUUCAAAUAUUAAGUAUAUUAAUGCUAUUUAUCAGUCAUGACAUAAGAAGACUGAAUUGUAUUAGAUAAGAAAACCCCAAUGGUGCUGUCUCACUGUAUAGGCUCAGACAGAGAAGAUGUGCUCUUGGAGUAUACAUGUGUAUACAUACGUAUUGUAUGUGCUGUUCAAUAAACACUACAUACACAUGUAUACCAGAGGUUCAAGUUCUUAAACCAUUUUUCAUGAAGAGUACAAAACAUUAUCUGACCAGCAGCCUGAAACAACAGAUAACUUAUCAUUCAGUGUGCACACUACUGUUUAUCUGUGGCAUCCAGUGCAGUGCCAAGUGUUAGUUACAUACAUUCAAAUUACUUCACACAGUAGUUUCCACAGACCUUUAGCACAUUUUGCAGGUUUGCGUCAAUCUAGCAUGCACGUGUUGGGCAGAGGUAAAGUCUGCAGGCCAACAGAAAAAGAGGCUCCAGGUUGUGGUCAGUUACUUUAAACUCUUGCAUAACGUGAAAAUAAAAUUACCAGUGUUUUACGAGGUUUUAUAGGCUGAGUGUGAAACUGCUCCCAGCUAUGCUAAUGCCUCAAUCACACGAGAGCAUAUACACUGAGAGUAUCCAACAAACAUGAGAGUGCAUGUCCUGUCUGGUGCGCGCGACCUCCUCGUCUGGUGACUUUACGUAGCCUACAUAUCCAGCUGCACCUGAUGGUGGUGAGAGCUGAAAGUGGGGUAAAAGGGCUCUUUCACUUCCUCCACUACGAGACUGCACAAACACACUCUUUGACCCUUUGCACAGGCUGCCGACUCAUUCUCAUUCCUAUCCAUCUCUACACAAGAAUCUGCUGGUGCGAAUAAGGGCUUUACUGUGAGAAAAUCAGAGAAUGUGCCGUGUGUUGCACGCUCUGAACCGUGCAGAGAACAAGACAAGGUUUCUUUCAACAUCGCACUCACACAUGCACAUAAAAAACAAAUGAAGUCCUAAUGAAUACAAAUCAUUGUUUAAUAAAUCAAACUGAAUUUUUGCUCCUCUCUGAGUUGCACUGUAUUGAAAAUACUUCUAUACAUAAAAUAGUAUCUCAAUGACAAGAAGCACCUGAUAGGUCUGAUAGAAUAUAUAUAUAUAUAUUUAUAUAUAUAAUAUGUAUAUUUUUCUUGUAUCAAGUGAUAAGAAAACAAAGAGUGAAAAAGAUUAGAGGCUGAUUGAAAACUGUGUGGUGAAAAGCAACAAAGAAAAAAUGCAUACAUGAUAUAAUCCAUGGCUCUGUCCCAAACUCUUAUAGUACAGAUUCUUUCAGUAACAUUGCUGUUACACCUUCAUCUAAAACACCAUAAUCUGAUCAAAAAUGACAAAUAUUCUUCACAAGAACUGGGAGAUAAGAAUCAUGUUUGGCACCGUCUGCAGGGAAGAACUGAUUCACUGACUUUCGGCAAAAAUGUACAAUGCUUAAAGUGAUGAACCCCAACCUGAGUGUUAUUUAUCCCCCAUUUUGUCUUCUGCCCUGAAAUGUAAACUGCAGUGUCAUGGUACGCAGGCUGGGGGGCUAUGGACUCAAGCUUCUUCUAUCUUCCCCAAAGGGUGCGAGGCACGUGGGCAAGACAGGAAGGAGGUGGAGCUUCCUGUUAGCUUUUGAGGAAGUGCAGGAUGAAAGAGGGCUUGGCACUGCCAGCAGUGGAUAUAACAGAGGACACACGCUCUGCCUUUGCCAACUCUUCCAAGACUGUUCUUUCUUGAAGGAACGCUCCACUGCUUCUACUAAUGGUGUUAAGUGACUCUUGAGUGUUAGCAGUUUUUAUAGAGGCAAAAAUGAUUCAAAUAAACCAAACACUGGCUGAGAAAGAGGCAGUAAAGCUCUGAUACACCUGUCAAAGCUGCCUUUAAAAAUCAACUC